AUGGAUUUCUUUCGGGCUGCAGACCUCUCGGCGUUUCUUGCGCUGAGCUACGUGCUAUACCGGCUCUUUUUGAAGCCUCAACUUCGUCUACCGCCAGGACCCAGAGGACUCCCCAUUGUCGGGAAUAUCUAUGAUGUCCCAGAAAAGUACGAAUGGAUCACUUACAGGGACAUGGCACGACGAUACAACUCCGAUAUUAUCCACCUCGAUUUAAUGGGCACCAACCUUAUUGUUGUCAACACUCGUGAAGCCGCCCGCGAACUUUUCGACAAACGUUCUGCUAUAUACUCUGACAGGAUUAACAGCGUCUCAUUAAGCUCAUUUGCCUUACAGAAUCGGUUUCACUUGGCAUUUUGCCUUUUAUCGAUACGGCGCUUACUGGAGAGGAAAUUUCUGAGAGAGCAUACGCUUCGGAGAACUGCUAUGGCAGGAAUGGCCGAGGCGGGGAACGCAGGAUCAUUCCUCGUUGACUCAUUUCCUAUCUUACAGUAUGUUCCAGAUUGGUUCCCAGGAGCUGAUUUUAAGAGGAAAGCCGCGCAUUGGAACUUGUCGGUCAAGGCGAUGCCGCAUGUAACCAUGAAAUUCGUCCAUGAUUCGAAGGUCUCCGGUACAUCAAAUUAUUCUAUCGCAUCCAAGUGUAUUGAUGAGAUGGAGGAAAAUGCAGAGCGUUCAUCAGAGAAGGAAGAGAUUUUGCGCAAUGUACUGGCAUCCUCAUAUGCCGCUGGAUCAGACACCACCGUUUCCGCUUUGAGCACUUUUCUACUGGCCAUGACGCAAAAUCCAGACAUCCAAAGGAAAGCGCAAGAGGCGAUUGACGAUGCCAUUGGAUGCGAUAGACUCCCAGAAUUUUCCGAUUACAACACAAUACCCUAUAUCAAUGCCUUACUCAAGGAAGUCCUUCAGUGGAAACUAGUUACACCACUUGCUGUUCCGCACAGAGUCUCUCAAGACGAUGAAUAUCAAGGAUAUCACAUCCCCAAGGACUCAAUAGUCGUUGGUAAUGCGUGGGCGAUGGUCAAUGACGUCUCAGUAUAUGGAGAAAACCCCAACGUUUUCAAUCCAAAUCGUUUCUUGAAGGAUGGAAAGAUAAAUGCAGAUAUUCCACAUCCCAGCGAGGCUUUUGGCUUCGGGCGACAGAUCUGUCCAGGCCAGGAAAUGGCUGAAGCAUCUAUCUGGAUGUCGAUUGCGUCGAUCCUAGCUGUGUUCAAUGUUACCAAGGCGGUCGAUGAUAAAGGCGACGUUAUUGAGCCGUCGGGCAAGGCUCUGUCAUCCGAUGACCUCGUGAAAACUUUACGAAAAUUUCAUCAAGCACUGAUGGAUCUUUCACUGGUAGAUAUCGUUGCCUUCCUUGCACUGGUCUACACCUUGAACAGGUUCCUAUCAUCUAAGCCCAAGCGACACUUGCCUCCGGGUCCCAAAGGACUUCCUAUCAUAGGAAACAUUUACGACAUUCCAGAAAAGUAUGAAUGGGUCACGUAUAGAGAUCUGAGUCGACAGUAUGACUCCGAAAUCAUCUCUCUCAACCUCGUGGGAUACCCCGGUCAUCGUUAUCAACGCUCGAGAUGCCGCCAAGGAUUUGUUGGAGACUUUCCGAUGUUGAAUGACUUGAUGGGCUUUGAAUGGGAAACUGCCUUUGCUCAUUACGGAGAGGCAUGGAAAGCACAUCGCAAGAUCUUCUAUCAAGAGUUUGGAGGUUCAAAUUCUGGAAAAUACAACCAACAACAAGUUGAUUCGGCGAGAUUUCUGUUAAGAAGGCUUCUUGAUGAUCCAGAAAUAUUUAUGGAUAGUGUGCGACUGAUGGCUGGACGGAUGAUCUUGGGCAUUACGUAUGGCAUCGAUGUCAAAAUGGCUGAUGACUAUUAUCUUCGGAUCGCUGAGGCAUCUCUCAAGGCAAUGGCUGCUGCUGCGAAUGCAGGUUCCUUUUUUGUCGACGUAUUCCUGAUAUUGAGGUUUACACCCGAUUGGUUCCCGGGAGCAGGCUUCAAGCGUAAAGCGAAAGAAUGGCGAAAGCCCAUCACUGCGAUGCCUCUAGUAACCAUGGACUUUGUCGAGCAAUCGAUUAAAAAUGGGUCUGCGGAACCCUCCAUUGCGUACAAAUACGUCUCCCAAAUGGAUGCUGACAAUGCACAAACAAAGGAAGCUGAGAAUAUCAUAAGUGGGACGAUGGCCUCAUUCUACACAGGUGGUGCGGACACUACUGUUUCUACGCUGUGCUCCUUCAUCCUGGCGAUGGUCCUGUAUCCUGAAGUACAGAAAAAGGGACAAACUGCCGUGGAUGAGGCAACUGGACCAGGGCGAUUACCUGACUUCAGUGACUGCAAGUCACUGCCCUAUCUUCAAGCUAUUGUCAAUGAAGUCUUGCGAUGGGCGCCGGUCAGUGCCUUUAGCGAAGACAACAAGUAUCGUGGAUAUGAUGUACCCGCUGGUGCAACUGUCGUGGGUAACGUUUGGGCACUGCUAAAUGAUGAGACUACCUAUGGUCCAGAUACCCACAAGUUCAACCCUGACAGGUUCAUGAAAGACGGGAAAUUGAACCCCAACGUUCCGUUCCCAUCUGAAACUUUUGGCUUCGGUCAGCACAAAUGUCCAGGGCCAGCCUGGUCUGCUAGAUUUCUGUUUGAAAGGUGUUAGUUGACAGUUAAUUGUGAUACAUCAGGAGUGUCAGUUUACAUCCAGCCCAUAUACAGUAAUUCCAUCAGGAUGACAAAGUGGCUUAGUAAGCUUCCCAAUCUGUGUCAAUGAUGGCAUCAUUAGAAAAGAGGGCAAUUCCGGGAAUUGAACCCGGGACCUCAAAAAUAAAUCCAAUAAUAUCACAUGACUUUCUCGAGCACACAUGCUAACCACUACA